GUUGUAGUUAUUACUACACAUUAGUUAUUAAUCACAACAUGAACGCAUCGGAUAUUAUCAUUUACCAGAUCAAUACUAAACGAGGAUGUGGUUUAACAUCAUCAUUUAUUGCAUGCUUUGGAUCCGCCUCAUGACUUCCAUAUGGUGUCAUCUUCCAGAACACGCUUCCACACCUUCGAAUAAAAUCGACCAAUUCUGCAGUCUUGCGGACACGUGUAUUCACGAUACGAUACCGAUAUGCGGACGAAUGGGCGAAGAAACGAGAACGUUUCUCGAUCUUUGCGAUUUGUUGGAGUUCGCUUGCGAUACCAAUCAAGUGUUCGCGCACGUAGAUGACAUGGAAGGAUGUCCAGUAUUUAAGUUUUAACUUUGUGUAUAGUUUUGUAUUUAAGGCAACCAUUCUUUAUAUAUAAAAAA